UUCUGACAGUCAUUUUCAUCGCUUUGUGCGUUUGUUUUUUAAACUCUCUUGUAUACAUCUAACUGACUCAGGGAACGGUCAUACAGCACAGUGAACAAACAUCAUGGAGAAGCUGGCAUUUGAAACGGGCCCAAUCAUAACUAACUAAAUGCCUGAAACUAUGAAACGAAAUAUCAGAGAAGAAAAAAAAGGCUCUGCAUCAGUUACUUUUCAAUUACAGCAGCCGAAGCAGAACGAAAUUGUUAGUGUCAUUUAUCGACUGUGGUGCCCUCCAUUAGAGUAACAACUGAGAGAAAUCCAUCCUGUUGUAGAACCACCUGGCUGUCUUACAAUAACAAAGAGUUCAUUUCUGUCAGCUGCUCUUAAGUGUUCCUGGUUUGAGACAAGGAACAGACGAGAAGAACACCAGGAAACACAUGAAAGCACGCUGACACCAAUGAAAUCUAACCAGGCAGGUAAUCAUCUUGGUGGGUUUUCUCAUUGUAGUUCCCUAAAAAGAAAAUUCCCUCCUUAAGUCUGCACUGUUUUCCAUUAAUCUGACCUCAACUGAACAUGACGGCUUCACGUCUGAAUGCGCACCCUGCUCAUUUUUCCGUGAAAAUCACGACGGGGCUGGACUGAAUAACAUUUCACAUUUAAUGUGAAACAACUCUGAGCUGCACCCAUUUGCUUUAACAAAUAGCGUGACUUUUUCCACAUUUCAGCUCCAAUAUUGGUCGAAAAACAUCCCAGAGUGCACAAAAAGCACAUUGUGCUGCCAAAAUCACAACACACCUUUCUCAUUCUCAUUGCUCUGCGAUUUCACAUCAAUUACACAUUGAAGUAUCCUUAAUAAUAAAACUUGACUGCAAUAAAAACAGACACUAACGGCUUAGAUUAAUAAUAAUAAAUGACUGCACUCUGGAGUUUUAUUUCACAAGACGGAUGUGAAGUUGAAUUUGUUGCUUCCGACUGUUUGUAGGAGUCUUUCCUCUGAGUUUAGUAAAUACCUGCAUUGUCAAACAGCAGCAGAAUCCAUCUGAGAAGUGAAAAAGUUGCGUGAAUUUACGCGAAUGGAACAACAGAACAACACUGCAGGUAACUACCUUUAUUAAAUACUUUUAUUUAUAAAUUAUCCCCAAUGUGGAGACAGGAUUGAUGAGGAUUUAACAGCAUGUCACGUUGUAAACUUUCUUUGAUGUCAGACAGGUUUGUCAGCUACAGUUAAAUCAUGUGUCACAUAGCAGGUUGUGCUGAGUUUUUGAGGAUUUUUAAAAAUUAUUUUAUUUGUAUAUAGUGUGCCAUUUUCUUCUUUUUUUUUAAUCUAUAGCUGGGAGUCACCAAUCGUAAUUUCGCUGUAUGGAAACACAAUGACAAUAAAGAUUCUUGAGAAUAAUGCUUAAAAACGUUCAAAUUUAAUACAUUAAUAUUUAUUUUGUGCCUCCACCGAUUUAAAACCGGCUCUUGAACACCUUUGCAUCCUGCAGCAAAGUUCAUGUCAUGUCUAUUACUCAUGCCUUGAUGAUCUGCCGUGGUGAUGUGGACCAGGCAUGAGUAGCCGAGCGCAGACACCAUCCCCAACCCCUCUAUGUGUAUAUUUUUUUAAUACUUUGUGAGGAAAAAACUGUCAACCAUAUCCAAAGUGCAGGACCAAAGAGAAGUAAAUAAUGUAUGCUUUUGUUAGAUUCUUUGAAGACGAUAUGUGCUACGCGUUGCCCGUUUCCAAUGUGGCAGACUUCAGACCUCUGCACAGGACAGAUUUUGAUAAUCAGAAGGUGUAUCUGGUCCACAGAGCUGGAGAGAAUGGCAGCGCAGGCCAGCCGUGCGACGCACAGAUCCUUGCCCUUGCAGAUACAGUAGAAGAAUUUGAAGACAGUAUAACGCAAAAGAAGAUGAAAAUUCCCAAGAUGACCACGAAGAAUUCAGGAAACUCUAUUGAGAACAGUUUUGGAGAAGAGAGAAUGCCACUCAGACAUAAAAAGGCCCUGUCUCAUGACCACGGACGCCCACUUUCCAACUCCUCCAAGAGCCUGGCAGCGGUAGUGGCUCGCCUGGAGAGAAAUGCAGCCAACUCCUGUAUGGAGGGCGAAGAGGACCUGGACGAGGACCGGUUGGCCGAGGAGGGAGAGGAUGCGGAUGAUGAAGAUGAAGACAUGGAGGCAGAGCAUCAGCAACAUCAUCACCAGCAGCACUUGGAGGUGGACUCGGAUUGCGUGUCCGAGGUGGCCGCCGCCGUAGUUCCCAGAGUCCUGUACGAGGAGCUGGUUCACAGCUACAGGCAACAGGAGGAGGAGAUGAGGAGGCUGCAGCAGGAGCUGGAGAGAACCCGCAGGCAGCUGGUGCAGCAGGCCAAAAAGCUGAAGGAAUAUGGCAGCUUGCUGACAGAAGUCAAAGAACUGAGGGACUUCAACAGGAGGCUGCAGGAUGUUCUUCUCAUGAGACUGGGCAGUGAGCCUAUGCAUGACAAUGGCACUCAGACAAUCAAGGCUGAAGUGGUUGAACCUAUUGUUGAGGCCCAGGAGACAUGCAGAGAAGAAGCCAACACCAGUUCCAGCUACUCACCCUCACCCAGAACAGUGUACACCUGCAACGACGGGAAGGUACACCUUGGUGGCGGGAUCUGGGUGGAGGAGGAGAAGUGGCACCAGCUACAGCGGACCCAGGGAGACUCCAAGUUCACAAAGAACUUAGCUGUGAUGAUCUGGGGCACAGAAACCCUCAAAAACCGGAGUGUCACCGGAGUGGCCACCAAAAAAAAGAAAGAUGCCCUGCCCAAACCUCCGCUGUCGCCCAGCAAGCUCAAAAUUGUCAGAGAGUGUCUCUACGACAGAGUGUCUCAAGAGACAGCCGACAGUGCAGAGAUUACGCAGAGAUUGUCCAAAGUGAACAAAUACAUUUGUGAAAAGAUAAUGGACAUCAACAAGUCCAUCAAGAACGAGGAGCGGCGGGAGUCCAAGCUGCUCAUCAGACAGACAGUCAAGAUGGAGAACUUCACCUACGAUGGCAUAUAAGGAUCAACCGUCACGCCAGCGCCUUCUGCCCCUGCGUGGUCAGCAGGACACUGAGGGGACUCCAUGUGGGCGUUUGGGGGAAGCUGUCACCAUUUCAGAAGCGCUUAUAUUUCUUACACAUCGGAUUUGGUUCUUAAAACAAACCGGCCCCUUCCCUCCUCCCUGUAGAGCCACGUCUCUCCCACUUUGCUAAUUGGCUCUCAGACAGCUUUACCCACCAGUUAGAAAUGUAAACACAUGUGAAUUAGUCUGAUAUGAGCUGGUGUGAUUGUUUUUAUAAGCUUUACAGUGGCAUUGGUACAGAGAUACGGUUCGUUGAGGUGUGUGCAUAUGUGUCAAAAGAUGAGAAAUUAGAUAUGAUUGUUAAAUUAAUUUAUUGUUCUGUGUCAGAACAUAAUUUUGGGUCCUUGAACUUUUAAAAAGUUUUGGAGAAAAAAAAAGUUCCCUAGGUGACGUUUUGAAGAUACUAGCUCGCAUUAGAUCUUAGUGAACGGUUGACUGUUUCACCCGACGGCUGCUGGGGAUCUGAGUGUUUGCUGUUGGUACUUAUUGCAUAGAAUGGGACGCGAGGGUCUCAAAUGCACAAGUCUUAAUUAGUAACAGCCAUAUUUAAUUUUGCAGCAGAGAUUCUGUUGCUCCAAGAGAUUAAUUAUGAGUGUGUGCGCCCCCUUAAUGUAGGUUAAUCACAACACCUCACUUUAUUAAAAAGAGGGCUUAUAGAGAUUUAAUGGGCAGAAUGACUCUAAUGUUGAGUCCACAGAGUGCUAUAUUUGUUUUUUUUUAUGUUGACCUAUGAGUUUCGAAUGUUUGCCAUCACUGAGAGAGCACAAGAAAGGUUUUGAUGGGAUAUUCGUGUGUUACUCUUAAUCAUACAUGUCACUUUCGGAAAACUUGACUGUUGGGUUGUAGUGGUACGGGCACACUGAUGCCUAGAAAGGCCUUAAAUGGAUUUGGCAAUCACCAGGGACUGGUACGCUCCUGGGUUUUCUAGUAAGCUGUGAUUGUAAAUAUAUAGCAAGCUGAAGUGAUGAAGCUUCACCUGCACUUUGCUGUGAGAAUGUAAGAGGUGGCCAGGUACUAUUUUCUGUGUGGUUCACACCAUUAAGUUGAGCUGAGCCGGACUACUGCCGUGAUGAAAAUCAGUGCACAGCUCUGUACGGUCCAGGUCAUCUUCUUGUGGGAGCAGUGUUAGCUGUGGGUAAAGCUGUCUGGAACACUAUUUUGCUGUUGAAGCUGUCUGGCCCUGCUGAACCCCAUAAUAACCCCUCCUUGUUUAAAGCCACACCGCUGGGGAACAAAGUAAGGUUGCUCCAGUGACAAUUUCCUCUGAGCUAUGCCAUCAGAACUUUUAAAAUGUCCUGUUUUUCUUGUAUGUUUUUCAUGUUUUUUAUUUUCUUUCCUCUCCUGUUGUUUUAUUGUUUUGACCCAAAAUGGUUUGUGUGGCUGUCUGCAGGCUGGAACUAAAUGCUGCAGAUUGAAAUCUCGACUGUGACCUAGCUGUGGCUAACUGUGAAUCUGCUGCAGAGCUGCCCAUCAAGCCUUUCUCCUCUUCUCACUCUUAGAUUCUCGUUUGUCCGUCGGUUUCUUUCCGUCUCUCAUUUUCUUUGUCUGUCUUGUUUUUUCUUGUUGUUUCAAAAAAAGUUCAGAUCAGCCUUUUCUUAAGCUACUUCAUGUUUUUGGAGAUAUUUUAGUGUACAUAAAUCACAUCUUUUUAUUUUUCCACCAAACAUGGAUAUUUGAAUUUGUAGUCAUGUUACAGUUUAUUGGUUCCGGUUUAAGUUUAGCUAAUUGAUGUUGUAAUUUCAUGUUACCUGUCAAUUUCAUGUUUCUUUUUACGUUUAUAUAUAUAUAUAUAUAGAUACUAUUUUUUUCAUAUGAAUUGUUGGCUUUAAGCUUGAUGUUGUAUCCAAAUGUAGAUCAGUGGAGUCUACAGUUGAAAAAAAUAUCCCCCCGCUUAGCCAAAGUGAUCUCUGUGGAAGGAGAGAGACGAGGCUUUCCUUGCAUCUGAUUUUUGACAGAACCCAUACAUUACAUUCACAACAUGUGAUAUUUAAGAAACCUCACUUUAGGAUCUGCGUACGGAUCUGCCAUAGUAAGAUGAAAACCUGUAUUGUUAAACCGUUGCGCUCGAACAGUUGAGAUGCAGUAGUUAGAUCAACACAAAUCAUUUACAUUGAAUGCACUUUAAACUUCUGGGCAAUUUCUUCAAACUUAAAGAAAUGUAUUUGUGGUAUUUGUCCUUUUUUUAAAAAUAUGUUUAUAGAUUAAGGCUUAACAAUCAUUGUAUUAUCAUGAAGCACCUUAGAACAUUUUGGUUUAUUGUUUGUUACGGCUAGAAUGAGUUCUGGGAUUUAGUUUUGUUUUGUUGGUCAGAUGAGCCCCUGACAUGCCAAUGCUCCUCGACAAGCUUGAUAGAUUUAAUGAGAAGUUUAAGAAGAAUUAUUCGGGGUGUUAAGAAAACAUUUUUCCAUAAGUUAAAUUAUGUUAAAACUGGAAUCUCAAACUCCACUACAGCCUCCUGAACAAUAGAUGGCUUAUUUGGCGAAUUGACAAGCAACAAACAACUCUUCUGUGCAAAACAGGAUUCACCAAUUUAAAGACUUUUAACCAAUGAAAUGUGCAAGCUGACUGGAAUAUGUGCUUUAACUUAAUGUGUCAAUAUGCUGGUUAUGUAUAAAUAUGACUUAUAUAGGCAUAAAUAAUUGUGUAUAUUUACAAAUGAGUGGUAACUGUAAGCCAAAGUAUUGAAUGCUGAGAUCAAGCUAAAGAAGGGGGAUGCUGACUGAGGAAUCAGCAGGGUUUGCACAAAAAAUGGCCCAUGCCACGGUAUCGGAGCUUAGUGAAUCUUAAGUCACCUUAACGGUGACAUGUUAUUGAUAUGUAUGUAUAUUUUUUUUUUUUUUGGGAGGGUGGGCUCCUUUUCAAACAAUUCCUUUUUUUCAGCGUCCUUUACUUUUUUGUUUGUUUUAUUUUUCCCUGUACAAAGCAACAUGUGAGGUUUACGUGCGCUAGGGUGUAUUUGACAAUUCAUGCAAUUUUUAAAAGAAAAGAUUUCUGCUGUGCAAAGCAACCUUGCUGAAAAUUCUGACACAGUUUGUCGUGUGUUGUGUUUGUGUUUGUUGUUUGAUGCCAAAAGGGGGUGUGGUUAAAAUGAUGCUUAAAGAAAGAGCAUUUUUAUAGAGCUAUUACAUCCUGUAAAGCAUGUUUGUUUUUUUUUUUUCACAAGGCUGGUUUUCCUGGAGUGCGGUUUAGCCUAAUCCUUUAACCACCUUCUGUGGAUGAAAGCUGUAUGGAAGUACUGUAUGUUUUUAACCCAGAUUCGGUUUAAUCUGUGAUGGCGAGGACGAUCUCUAUCAACUGUACGGAGUCACUUGCAGAGAGGUGGUUUGGGUUUUAGCAGCAUAUUAGUAACGUACACCAUCACAUACCCAGUGCAGAGCCAUUAAUGGACUCUGCAACACCACCAGACCUUCCAGUGCUCUCACUUUCACACUUAAGUAGCGAUAGGCAGGAAACACAACCUCGCUGGCUCUGUGAUCCUCUUCUGUGCCACCUCUAGUUCCUUACUCUUGACAUUUAGACGGACUAGAUUUAAGAAAUGCACACGUAUCGAGAUAAUAGCGAAUCUUUUUCCUCCGCGUUUCGGCGUUUUUGGCUUAUGUUGUGAACACCCUGUCAAAGCUUCAGGAGCUUUAUGUUGCUUUCUGACAGUUUGAUUGGGGAUAGAGGAAAAAAAACAUCCAUUUUUAACUUCACUCUGUGCAACAAGAUAAGUGGCUCCAUGUCGCAGUUCUCAGAAGUUACACAUACACAAAACACAUUACCGUUAGAGCCUCAGAUACAAUGUCAAACUUACUUCAAGAUCAGAAAAACGGGAGGAACACAUUGUUAGGCCUAUAUUUUUAUUAAAGGUAUCAGUAACUUUGUAUACAAUCCACAAACCGGUUCUACUUCAUCUAACUUCACCGUCCUACCUCAUUGUUACUCUGGUGUUUGUCAGUGACUGUAAACUUAUGUGUGUAUAUUAAAAAAAAAAAAUCUAUAAGAAAAAGGUAUACCUGAUUACUCUCAACAUGUACAGCAUAUAAAACUUGUAAAACACCUCAGUACACAAAUAUCAUUCUUAGGAGAAAUCAGUUUUAUUACCUGCUUAAAGAUGCUGCUGUAAAGGGGUGUCUGUGUGAGGGGUCGUCUGAAUAUAUAUCUUCGCUCUUUGCUAUGUUGUGCAGUUGAUCAGUGGUUGUGUUCUGUCUCUGUAUUGCAUUCUGAGAUUUUUACUGGUUGACGGUGCUACCAGCAAACAGUUCAAAAACUGAUCUAUCGGACCUCAAAUGGUGCUGUUUUUCUAUGUUUUUAUCGUCAUACAGCUAUGUUUUAUUCAGGUGUGUCAACCGCCACUAUCCCCUCAGCUAAUCAAAUUCUAAGCCAAAAUAUCUCGCAAAACCGAUAACUCUGCUAUUACUAUAUCGACUUAUAUGCUAUCCAUCCAAAUAUUGUAGAUAGUGAUUAUAUCCUCAGCUGUGAGUUUCAGAAGUACCUCAGAAGUUGCUGAUUUUAAAUGGAUGCAUCUGUUGUCUAUCAACUUACAUUGUUGCAGUUGUAUUUUCAGAAAUAUGCAUUUUUACUGGUUAGAUCAGGUUACGCUAUAGAUAGUACAUGAGUAUUAGCUCACACUCAGUUAAAUUCAAAGGAUACCACUGUUCACUGGUUUGCAUGCCAGACUGUCAUAUAGGAAAUCUCACGUGGACUCGGCAGUGUGUUGCCGCAGGAGAAGAGGUCCUCUGCAAAGCCAUGUUCUGUUUGAGUCAAAGUCCAGCUUGUUUUCUAGGAGAACGAUUCCAUUGGUAGUCUUAAUUUAGAAGUGAUCCUGGGAAUGUGUAAAUUUAAAAAGAAAAAAAGAAACAUGAAGUUGAGAUCACUAAGUGCAUCCAUGAAGCCGUCUUUGUGGAGUUUCCUGCAUGUUAGUUGGUACAAUCAAUUCGAUCUCGUUGCUACUUUAAUCUGUGAUUCCCAGUCGUAUCGCUUUGUCCCUCAAUGUCAUUUAAAUGAUGUAAUUUUCAGUGUUAAAAUGAUGAAUUUAGUGUAGCAAUUUGUUCAAUGAUUGACUUACUGUGAGUUUGGCUUAAGUGUACUAAAAGUGCAUUAUAUUUUCUUUCACACUGUUCACAAACACCAAUGGCAUAUUUUUUGCGCCAAAGUGUUUGAAGUAUGUUUUUUUUUUUUUUUUUCUGUUUUUGAAGAGGUGGGUUGGGCUACCUUUUAGUAUGUAUGUACUUUUUUUUUUUUUUUUUUUUAAAUUAAAUCCAACCAUGUUUUUGAACAUGAAUUGUGCUGGCGCCUCUCUACUGUGAGUAGUGUGUGUUUGAAAUACACAGCGGUUGGUUUUAUUCAAGCACUUAAGCCAUUCGUUGGACUGUUUUUAUAAUGGUUCAAUUGUCAACUUUGCUCUGGUCCAGGGAAUUGACCCAGGGAGCUUUGUGUGUAAUUGAAUUCCUAUGCAGGUGUUGAGUUACUAACCUGGUACCACAUCACUGUUGGGUGGAGGACCAACUACAGAGAUAGAUAACUGGAGAGAGUUGAAUGUGUCUGCAUAGCGGGACAAACGGCGACAUGACAAAUCCAUACAGAACUACGCUUUCACACUCGAGUUGAAUUAAACUGAGCUAAACAGGGCUGCUUGGGUAUCUACCUGUCUGUACUAGUUAUAAAUGCAUUGCAGUGAUCAUUAGGGAAAGACAGGGUUAUUACUGUAUGGAUUAUUUCCAGUUGGUAUGAUAAUGUGAAAAGAUUUUCAAGACUAUUGCAGUAAACACUCCCUCACCCUACCUUCGCCUCCCAGAGGCAACCCUACAUUUACAGAAAAUGUUCUAAGUAUAUGCGAUAGAGAGUGUACAUGUCUUUGCUAAACCGGCCACACCUCUGCUAUGCGAGCAACUCUUUGACGCUUAGCAUCCUGUUCUGUGUUUUCUCUUGCUGCAUUCAGGAACACCUGUUUAAUGUAUAGAUAAACAGAAAUAAAUCGAGACUUUUAUUCUA